CUGAACAGACCAGAGUCCAGAUACAGAGGACAAUGAGUCUCCUAAAGGAACGGAAACCAAAGAAACCACACUAUAUUCCUCGGCCCCCGGGAAAGCCCUUCAAGUACAAAUGCUUCCAGUGUCCUUUCACGUGCAACGAGAAGUCGCAUCUCUUCAACCACAUGAAGUACGGUCUCUGCAAAAACUCUAUCACAUUGGUGUCAGAGCAAGAUCGCAUCCCCAAGUGUCCCAAAUCUAGUUCGCUGGACCCUAAGCAGUCCCACCAGCCAGAGCCCACCUCAAAGCCAGCCGCUUCCAAGUCUCUCCCAAAUGGACUCUCCAGCUUCGAUCCAAAGUCUCAACAGGGCUCUACAAAAGAAGAUGCCAAAGAGAACCUAGAGAUGCAGGCCCGGGGGACCCACAAGGGUCCCCAGAAACCAAUCCUACAGAAAGAAGUGACACCAGAAGCCAUCCUCAGCACCCAGCUAGACAGUGGGGUUAGGUCUUCAGCAUUUGUUCCAGUCGGGGAGCACAGACUCAGGGGGCCGGAAGACACAGAGGCUCCUGAAAUGCUGGCAUUAACCAACUCUACCACCAAAGCCACCUCUUUCCAUGCCAAGUCUGCAUUCCAUACUCCUGGUUACCCCUGGAAAGCUGGCUCCCCAUUCCUGCCACCUGACUUUCCACAUAAAAUCCCAUCUACGAAGGGGUUUGGGGCUAUCUCCCCCUAUAUGCACCCUGCAAUCCCCGAGUACCCCCAUCCCUUCUAUACGGAGCAUGGGCUGGCUGCCAUCUACUCCCCCUACCUCCUGACUGGGAACACGCCUGAAUGUGAUGCCACUCUGCUGUCUGUCUAUGGGUCCCAAGACCAAAGACACUUCCUGUCUCAUCCUGGACCGAUCCCCAAGCAUCUGAACACAACUCCAUCGACAUACGACCACUACAGAUUUUUCCAGCAAUACCACUCAAAUCUGCCAAUUCCUUACGGAUUUUACAGACCAGAGUCGGCAUUCCCCCCCUACAGUCUCCGGCUCCCACCUGUCCCUGGCAUCACGCGAGAUCAGAGCUCUCGACUGCUUGAAGAAGCAGCCCUGGCUUAUCCAGCCUCAAGUCCCUCCCAGUUAAAUCUUUCAAACUCCCACAAAAAACACACAGAGUUUGAGAAAGAAAGCCCUCUCCCUGAGGCAAAAGAUCCUUCUAAAGAUGGGCAAAGGGAUGCAGAAGAGGCCAAAAUGAGUCCCCGAGCGGGGAGCGCUGCCACGGGCUCCCCAGGGAGGCCAAGCCCCACCAAUUUCACCCAAACAAGCCAAACAUUCGAAGGCCUGUGUGAUCUCUCAAACAAAGAGGCCUCCUCGGGAGCCCCGGAGAGACUCCAGCAGCCUGAACAGAGCCCCACUGCCUUCAAACCUGUCCAGAGGGGAUCAGAAAGUCCUCAGUCUCAACCUCCCACAAGCAGAACAGAGUCUCCAAAAAGCCUUCAGGUCAUGAACAGUGACUCUCCAGCCCAGACAGGGACCAGUACCUCUCUCAUCACAGAGGCCCCACCUUCCAGCCCAGAGGACCACUCCAGGAUAAGCCCCCUCAACCUCUCAAAGAAGUUGGAGACCAACCCUGCAGCCACUUAUGGACCCAUGUACGUAGACAAUGCUCAGGCAGACGCCCUGGGCUUCUCGGGGCUGCAGGACCUGCCACUCAAUCUCUCUGUAAAGGAUCCCUGUAAUGCCUGGGCUCCUAGGCCUGUGUUCCCCAGCCCACCGCAAGGUGCUGAACCUGCUGCUGCUCUAAAGACUGAGACCAAAGGUUCCGAAGAUAGGACAAGCCCCGUGGAGACACAGGAAGACAAGGCCCACGGCAGGACGGCCCCAGAUGUGCACACGGUAGACAGUAGCGAUGAGCAAAAGCAAACCGCGGCUGUCGCUCUCUGUCAGCUGGCGGCCUACAGCCCGGGGAAAGUCCGCGUGGGCGAUGAGGAAGGCACAGCCCAGGAAUCCACCGGUCAAGAUGUGCCCACUCUCGGUUCUACAGAGAACCAGGGGGCUCAGUGUGACCUCAGACCCAAAGGACAAAAGAGGACGAGUCAAAGGGACGCAGGAAAAUCCCAGCAAGGAACUAAAAAGCCAAGGCUGAACGACACCAUACCGAGAGUGCUCACGCUGCGCAAGAGAACCCGGGUGUCCUGAGGCCUCACGUGCUCGGCGCUGUGGCCAACAAGAUGCCUUUCACACAUGUUCUAAGCAGCAUCUUCGCUUUUUUGCUUUUUGGAGGAGGUACAGUCUUGUCAUGUUGUUCAAGCUGGCAUCAGCCCAAGUGCUGGGACACCCAGUGUACUCCCAGUUUACCUUCACUUUUUAUCAGUCAGUUUUUAUAAACAGUUUCUCUUUUCUUCUCAAAAAAAAAAAAAAAGACAAAUGGCUGUAAUCUUGUUCAGGUUUUUGUAAGCAUUAAGAAUAAAUAUUAAAAGGUGUUUCUACUUCUGGAUAAAAAAAAAAAAAAACAUCUGAGUGGCUUAUGCUCUCCAAGACAAAUUAAACUGGGCUUUCCUGUUUGAGACACAUCAAGGAACUAUAUAGAACUAAAAUCCAGCUCAGCAGUUUGAGUCGAGAGCAGUGUGAGGAACGACGUUUUAUAUGUACUGUUUGUCAGGACUAGUAAACUUUUACUGUUUUCCUGUUGAAUAUAGUUAUGUGUUUUGAUGCCAGAAACAGCUUCAGCUUGAGCAUCAGGUGUUACCUGUAAAAAGUGUUGUGGUUACUUACUGUACUGACCACAAGCGUCCAGAGGUUGAUUUUACAAGUAAUUUAUUUCCAUCAGGGAAACGCAUUUCUGGUUAAGGUAGGAUCAAUUUAUUCUUGUUUAUGAUGUCACAGCAAACUUUCUCACUCGCGUUCAACUCCCUAAAAUGAUGUACAUGUUAAUUUUCCAAUAAACUCUUGUGUGA